UAUCUUGACAUUCGUGCAUCAUGAUUGUUGGUAGUCAUGGUUGCAUGAUGUAGGCGCAGAUGAAAACACGUGUUGUGUACUGAAUUGCGAGGUUAAAACUGUAAAGUUAACUUUUACCUGCAAAAUGGGACGUGUCAAGACUAAACCAGCGGAGAAAACGCGGAAAAUAUUACGCAAAGAAAAGAGACAACAAAAGAAAUUAAAUAGAGCAGCAUUUUAUCAAAAGAAAAAUAAAAAUCAAGAACAGAGCAAUAUUGAACAAACGCCAUCAACGAAGGCGCAAAAACGACGAAGACCUAAAGCUAUGAAGGAAGAAAAGAUAGAAGUAAAAGCGAAAAAACAAAAAAUGGAACAAUUGAAACAGGCCAAUCAAGAAGAAGACAAAAUGAUUAAACAAUUAGAGAAACGAUUAAAGUUGAACAAACGAAAUAGCAAAUCCACUCCAAAGUCUUUCGUAUCGGAUGGUUUAGACUAUCUUUUAGAUUUUUGUGAUUCUGAGAAUAGGAGUCAUUUGGUUGAAACUGAUAAACAGUUAUUAGAAACUGGAUUGAACACAGAAUUUGAAGAAGAUUUAAAUCUAGCUAUUGGUGCUGAAAAUGAUGUCGAGGAUGAAAGUGAAAAAUUUGAAGGAGAAAAUAACAAAGAUAUUGACAAAGAUUUUGAGCAAGAUAUGAAUAUGGAAAAUCUUUCAACUGAUGAAAAUUCAGAUCGAGAUGAUAAUGAAGAAAUUGCUCCAGAAGAGACACAUGAUAUAAAUGAAACUGAGGAAUAUUUAAGUGAUAAGGAUGAGACAGAAGAUGAAGAAUCGAGGCAUGUUACAGUAGAGCAAUCAGAUGAUAAUGAAGGCUUGUGGGAAGAUAUUUAUGGUAGACAAAGAGACAAGAAGGGUAAUAUUGUAUCAAAGAAAUAUGUACCACCUGGUGCACGCAUUACAAGCAUCGACAUUUCUGUCAGUGGUGAAAAAGUUCAUAGAUUGGAAAGACAAUUGAAAGGUAUCCUAAAUAGACUGGCAGAGCAAAAUAUGCAUACUAUUGGAAAUCAGGUAGAGGAAAUGUACAUGUCAAAUAGUCGCAAUAACAUGAAUGUAAUAUUAUCCAAACUAAUGAUAGAAAGUAUAGUUGCACCAGUAUUAACUCCAGAUCGACUUAUCUGUGAACAUAUGAUGUUGAUUACUAUAUUACAUGCAAAUAUUGGUACAGAAGUUGGUGCACAUUUUUUAUUGACUAUUGUAAGAAAGCUUCAUCAGAUGUUGGAAGAAUCUCACUGUGUUGAGAAUAAGGAAUUAGAUAAUUUAAUUCUUAUAAUUUCACAUCUUUAUAAUUUCAAGGUAUAUGGUCAUCGACUUUUGUAUCAAAUAUUAGAGAAAUUGGCAGAAAAAUUCACAGAGAAAGAGAUUGAACUAAUUUUGCUGAUUUUGAAAACAGUGGGCUUUCAAUUAAGAAAAGAUGAUCCAACUGCAAUGAAAGAUCUGAUAUUAAAUUUGCAACAAAAGGCAAACAAUGCAACUGUAGAAAAUUUGAGAGUCAAGUUUAUGUUAGAGAUAUUACUGGCAUUGAAAAAUAAUAAUAUGAGCAAAAUAUCUCAAUAUGAUCCAUCUCAGAUAGAACAUUUGAAAAAAAUUAUAAAAAAUUUUAUCCAUAAGGGUAAUAGUGUCACACAAUUUAAUGUAACUCUGGAAGACUUAUUAGAAGUUGAUGAAAGAGGAAAAUGGUGGAUAAUAGGAUCAGCCUGGUCCGGUCUCAGGGAUAUUGGUAAAGUUGAAAAAACUUCAGAAGACAAGAAACAAAAAUACAGUGAGAAAAUAUUGGAAUUGGCACGAAAACAAAGGAUGAAUACUGAUAUUAGAAGAGAUAUCUUUUGCGUACUAAUGACAGCUGAAGAUUAUUUAGACGCGUUUGAAAAGAUUCAUCAUCUUAGUUUGAAAAAUCAGCAGCAAAGAGAAGUAAUUUAUGUCAUCCUCAAUUGCUGCAUUCAAGAAAAAAAAUUUAAUCCUUAUUAUGCCGUACUAGCGCAAAGGCUAUGUGAUUCUGAUAGAAAAUAUCAGUUAACUAUACAAUAUGCAUUGUGGGACAAAUUGAAGACAUUAGAAGAUUUAAAAACAAAACAGCUAACAAAUUUAGCAAAGUUCUUGACCCACUUGUUUUUAGACAAAGGUCUCCCUCUUUCUGUUUUAAAAGUGAUCCAAUUUAUGGAAUUAGAUAAACUAACAAUGAGGCUUAUACGACAAAUUAUGUUAGGAAUAUUAUUACAUGAAAAUGAAGAAACUUGUUUAGACGUGUUUGGAAGAAUAUCCUUAUCUCCAAAGUUGCAAACUUUUAGAGAAAGUCUUAGAUUAUUCAUAAAUCAUUUCCUCGUAAAAAAUAUCGAUGCUACUGAAAAUAUGCAGCAAAAAAGUGAAUUAUUGAAAAAACGGGCAGAAAUAGUAGAUAAAAUUUUAAGUACUCGAGAAUCGAAACUUAUAUUUUAA